GCUUCUUGAGUCAAUAUUUUAUGUUCCAUUCUUGAUUUAGCUGCCUAGGUAAGAGCUGGUCAAUUAGUAACUUGGAACUCAAGGAAAAGAAGUUAAAUUGGCAAGAAUGUAGCAAUGAAAGUGUAGGUGACUUGAGUGUUUGAAAAGAAGUUAAAUAACAAGAAUUUAGUCAAUAUUAUUUGUUCAAUUCUUAAAAUGUUAGCUUCUUCCAUAUUUUCUUCUUGUUAUUUUAUCCUCCGGUUCAUUGAUAGUCUGUUGCUGCUGUGGAUGACUGAGUGUCUGAUUCUUUUGUUUCUAUCUUUUCAACCUAUGGGUGAAAUCUCAAGAUAGAUGCAUUUUAGCAUUUUUUAGAACAUAUUUUAUUACUGAAAUGUUGUAGUUAAGCGAUCUGUCUGCAUUGGCAUAUGGGAUGAAAAAAAUGCAUGUCCAUUUUUUCUAUCUGCAAGACUUGGGAUAUUGUGUUUGCAUAUGUGUUUUUACUCUUCAGGCUCAGGAUUUCAGCUGCUACUGGUCAAGGGCAAUUUGCAUUUCAAGUCUGCUUUAUGUGCAUCAGUUAGUGUGUGGAGUUUCUUUAGUCAUGUGGCAAAGAUUUUCCUCUAAUACACGAGCAAACUGAGGAAGAUAGAGAUGCCUACAUCAAUGAAGAAAAAUCACCAGUGAUGUAUGACCGGCUUCUAAACUUAGCAUCCAGUGCUCUUGCUGAGAAAGAGUUUAAGCAAGAGUCAUCAAGGUUCUUGGAGGAACCAUAUCAGCAGGCCUCUGCAUGGAAACCAUGCUCGGACAGAAAAGUUCCAAUGAAUAUGGGGAAAUUUGACAAAAAUAAUGGCUACAUAUUAAUCAGUGCCAAUGGUGGUCUCAAUCAACAGCGAGUUGCUAUUUGUAAUGCCGUUGCCGUGGCAUCUCUUCUUAAUGCCACUCUAGUUCUUCCAAGAUUUCUUUAUAGCAAUGUUUGGAAGGAUCCCAGCCAGUUUGGUGAUAUUUAUCAAGAGGAGUAUUUUAUGAGUACCCUGAAGGAUGAUGUCAACAUUGUUAACGAUCUCCCUCCUCAUCUGAGUUCACUUGACUUUGAAGCACUUGGUAGCCUGAUUACUGAUGCAGAUAUUGUGAAGGAGGCAAAGCCUGUUGAUUACAUUAAAAGUGUACUUCCUCCUCUCUUAAAAAAUGGAGUUGUUCACUUUCUUGGAUUUGGAAAUCGACUGGGCUUUGAUCCGUUGCCUUCUAAUCUUCAGAAACUAAGAUGCAAAUGCAACUUCCAUGCUUUGAAGUUUGUACCAAAAAUUCAACAAACUGGAUCAUUGUUGGUUAGAAGGAUAAGAAAAUAUGAUGCUGCCCGGAGAAUGUUGGACAAGCAAUUGCUUGGAAACUUCGUGCCCAAAAAUUCCUCAAACAAGCAGGAUACUUCUGGAGGCCCAUCCAAAUACCUUGCUUUACACUUGAGAUUUGAAGUGGAUAUGGUGGCCUACUCCCUAUGUGAAUUUGGGGGUGGAGAAAAUGAGAAAAAGGAUCUUCAAGCCUACAGAGAAACCCAUUUUCCUUUACUUAUUGAGCGCUUAAAGAACUCAAGCCCUAUUUCUCCUACAAAGUUGAGAAAGUUGGGAAGAUGUCCAUUGACACCAGAAGAAGCAGCACUAGUUCUAGCUGGACUUGGUUUUAAGCGUGGAACUUACAUUUAUUUGGCAGGACACCAUAUCUAUGGAGGAGAAUCCAGGAUGCAUCCCUUCACCAGCCUCUAUCCCAACUUGGUCACAAAGGAAAGUCUCCUCACAUCUGAUGAACUUGCACCGUUUAGAAAUUUCUCUUCUCAGCUGGCUGCAUUGGACUUUAUUGCAUGUGCAACUGCUGAUGUCUUUGCCAUUACUGACUCCGGAAGCCAACUUUCAUCCCUUGUAUCUGGGUUUCGGACUUAUUAUGGUGGUGGCCACGCCCCUACCUUGCGGCCUAACAAGAAGAGGCUGGCAGCAAUUUUGUCAGAGAAUAGCACCAUUGGGUGGAACGGUUUUGAAGAUAGAGUGAAAAAGAUGAUUGAGGAAGGUCAAAGGGUGCGUGCAAGGGGCUUUGGUCGAAGCAUUUAUCGUCAGCCUAGGUGCCCAGAAUGCAUGUGCAAAGAAGCUCGUUAGCACAUCUCAUGCUGAUAACUGGUUUGAGGCUCUUUAAAUCCUUUGUUAUUUUUCUCAUCUGUGUCCAACAUAGUCGAGUAUUUCAAGUGACUUCACAGAUUGUAAAAAUCUCCAUUCGAUUUGUUCAAUAACCUUUGAAAAUUGUAAUUUAUAUAGCCAAAUUCGUUUUUUUUCCCCCUUUUUCUUUGUUAAAUCUUUGACCAUGGGCGGUGAGAAGGUUUCCCAAGAUAACAUGUAUAAGUCAUUUAAUUAAAUGUUUCUGAUGAAUAGUCAUUUAAUUAAAUGUUGUAUCUA